AUGCGUUCCUUUUCUAUUGUUAUGUUCACUGUCAUUGUUCUUGUUCAAUCUCUCUUCGCAGCCCCUGCUGCUCUUUCGGUUCGGAGCGAGCAAACUGUUGCAGUCACAAAUGAUAUGAAAGUAGUAGAGGCGAAGAUCUGGGGCUACGGGUUUCCUCCUUCAGUGGUCAGCCAGUACGCAUACAACAAUGGUUACACGAACUGGGGUACUGGAUGUGGCACCGCGUGGGGUUGCGGCUGCACUCCAGCCAACUAUCGGCCCAGCUGCUUCGCAACAGGCUGCGGUUAUGCAGGCGGGUAUUACUCAGCGUUGAAUGGGUUGAACACCUCCUUCCAGCGCUUAUAUUACUUGAGGCAAGCAGAAUUGAAGUCGCAAGUAAACCAGAAAGAUGAUGACAAGCAGGCUUGA